AUGUGUGGUGGCCUUUGUGAGGCAAAAGAGCAUAUAAAUAUAGACAUCAUCAAUGAUAUUGGUCGAAAUGUUCAACUCGGACUGCACUGCAAAGACAAGAACACAGACUUCGGACCGCAAAGUUUAGUGUACAAGCAACACUACGGAUUUAGAUCUGAUGAGAUCCACGGAAUGUUUGCGAUCUUAAGAGUGCUUUCGUUCAUAAUCGCCAACGUGUUACUUCAUCAAUGA